AUCCAAUUUUCUCUCUCUCUCCCGCCUCCUGUUCAGUUUCCCACUCGCCGGAACCGCCGCCUCUCCAAUCCCCGCUAACCCUCGCUCCGUUUUAUCGCCCCCCUCUGCUUCCAAAUCGAAUCGCGUCCUCUCCAUUCUGCCGUCUCCUCUCCUACUCCUCCCCCCUGCCGCCGCAAGAUCCACCAGGGCUCUCGACCGCAAUGGAGCCGCAGCUGACGCCCGGCGCGGUGGCGGCGGUCUCCGCCCACGCCGACGGCAACGGCACGCUGCAGCCGGUGCUGCAGGUGGUGGACGUGCGGAUGGUCAACAACGCCAAGAACCCCUCCGCCGAGCGCUUCCGGAUGGUGCUCUCCGACGGCGAACACACCAUGCAGUCCAUGCUCGCCACCGCCGAGAACGCGCGCGUCCGGGACGGCUCCAUCCAGAAGGGCUCCAUCGUCCACCUCCUGGAGUGCACCUGCAGCACCAUCCAGUCUCGCAGGAUCAUUAUCGUUAUCAAACUUGAUGUUCUGCAAAGUGAGUGUGCCAUAAUUGGAAACCCCAGGCCCUAUGAAAUGAGAAACCAACCUAAUGAGCAGGGCACCAACAUACCGGCCAAUGCUGCUCAAGCUAAUACUGGAACGUAUUCCAGUGGCCCUGGUUUGCUGGGAUCACCUGCUGCUUCAAGGCCAGCACAAGUUGCUAAUAAUGUACCAUACAGUGGAUCCUAUGGUGGUUAUCAUGGUACGGUGGUCCCUCCGAUUGCCCCUGCAGUAGAAUCUGUUCCCAAUGUGGCAUCGGGUGUCACUUAUGGUACAACUUCAGCGCAUAAUACAAUGAAUGCGGGCAUGACACAGUCAAACUUGCAGCAGCGUUCACUGAACUCUCACCCGAACCAAAGGUUUGCAGUUCCUUCCAUGGCUGGUGGCAGUGGUGCUCCUGGGAAUACAUAUGGACAACCUGCACAGUCGUUUUAUCAGCAACCGCCUCCAGGGCAUAUGAAUAGAACUCCUGUGUCUAAGAACGAUGCAUAUCGUCUUGUCCCAUUGGCUCAAUUGAACCCUUAUCUAGAUAAAUGGACAAUCAAGGUCAGGGUAACUGCAAAGACUGAUCUCAGGUUCUACAACAAUGCUAGAGGUGCUGGAAAAGUCUUUUCCUUUGAUCUCCUUGAUGAACAGCGUGGAGAAAUCCGUGCAACAUGCUUCAAUACGCAGGCUGAUCAGUUUUUUAACCUCAUUGAGGUUGAUAAGGUGUACCUGAUAUCUAAAGGGUCGUUGAAACCAGCACAGAAGAAGUUUAACUCCUUGAAUCACGAGUAUGAGAUAAGUCUGGAUUCCAGAACAUCUAUUGAAGUUUGUGCUGAUGAUGAUAGCAACAUCCCUAGGCAGCAGUAUAAUUUCCGGAAGAUAAGUGAAAUUGAGAACAUUGAGAAAGAUGCUAUUUUGGACUUGAUUGGAAUUGUCACAUCAGUUGGCCCUUCUGUCACGUUUAUCCGAAAGGAUGGCGUGGAAACCCAGAGAAGAACACUUGAACUGAAAGACAUGUCUGGUCGAAGUGUACAACUUACCUUAUGGGGGAAGUUGUGUGUUGCUGAAGGCAACCAGCUGCAGUCGCUGUGCGAUUCUGGUUUGAAUCCUGUUCUAGCUUUGAAAGGUGCCCGCGUUACUGACUACAGUGGUAGAUCUGUGUCCUCAGCUGGCUCAACUCAGUUAAAAAUAGACCCAGAAAUUCCUGAGGCUGAGAGUCUGCGGCGCUGGUACGCAACUGGAGGAAAGACAGCUGCUUGUGUUUCUCUGUCAGUGGUAAGUAUGGGUGGUACUUGUGUCCGGAAAUCAAUCGCUCAGAUCAAGGAUGAAAAUCUGGGGCAGUUAGAGAAGCCAGACUUUAUCACUGUUAAAGCUGCAAUUUCACAUCUGAUAGCAGAUAAUUUUUGUUAUCCUGCUUGCACCAUUGACGUGAAUGGUAGGAUGUGCAACAAAAAGGUAACAGAUAAUGGUGAUGGGACAUGGCGUUGUGACAAAUGCGACCAGAGCUUACCAAAUUGUGAGUACAGAUACGUGCUGAAUGGCCAGAUCCAGGACCACAGUGGGGUCACCAAUUUUACUGCAUUCGAAGAUGCUGCUAAGGUGAUGAUUGGCCACAGUGGCCACGAGCUCAACAACAUUAGUGUAGAAGACUCGGAACGAUUUGCAGAGAUCUUGCAGGCGGCUCGUUGGCAGCAGUUUCUGUUCACGCUGAAAGUCAAGGAGGAGAUCUAUAAUGAUGCGCCGCAAGUCAAGUGCAACAUUACUAAAGCAGAGAAGCUGGAUCCGGCAAUAGAGAGUUCUUACCUUCUAGGGGUAAUCAAUGGCCUGUUGCAGGAUGACACUGGCUCACCUUCUGGGGCGCAAGGUGCCAUGGCCUACAAUGCUGGUAUCAGCAACACUGGCGCUGGACGAAGUGUGCCAACCUCCAACAGUGCCUACACCACCAAUUUGAGUGGUCCAAGGUAUGGCGAGUCUGCAAACCAGCUCGCGCAGCAGGAAAGCACGUACACCGGGGUGACCACUCCAGUGUCGGCGGCACGGAAUGUGCAGCAGACCUGCGUGUCCUGCGGGUCAAGUGGGCACAACGUGCAGAACUGCCCUGCAGGAACAUACAGGCAGCAGGCGGCUGCAAGCGCAGCAAGCUCCUACGGUACUUCGCAGCCUCGCAAUGGACUGUGCUUCAAAUGCAAUCAGCCUGGACACUUUGCCAACUCUUGUCCACUACUGGCUCCUGCUCCCCAGCAGCAGCAGCAGUAUCGGAGCGGCGGCGCUCCCUCAGGCGGUUAUGGUAGGCAGCAGCCCUAUGUUGGGGCUACCAACUACUGAAAGUCAUUAUCUCUGUCGAGUCAGUCGUGAUGUUGGUUUUGCUUAGAUGCCUGUCCUGAAUGGCAUCGCUGCGUCCAUGUGAAGUAGAUGCAAACCAUUCCUUUUUAUGUUUGUGUGUGAAGUUAGAACUAUGUAUCAGUACUUUAUGUUUUCGUCUUAUAAAUCCUCGUUGCCGUGUCAGUUCUGUUGAA